AUGAUUAAUAAUACAAUCAAAUCCUUAUUUCAUUCUUCCAAGACUGCUUAAUCAUAAAAUCAAUUUCACAAUAAAUGUGUAUGUGAAAUUUGUAAAUGUGGAAAGCAUCAUUGUCCAAUCCACACAAAUAAUAUGCAAGGUGAUUUCUAAUCAACAUUCUAGUAUAAAUAAUGUUCUUAAAUAUAGACGAGACUAUUAACCAUGGAAAUCGAAUAAAUAAAAGCCAUUCAAUUAUGAUAGAUAACCAUAAUAACAUUCAUAUGAUCCAUCUACUUUGAAGAGUUAAUAUUAAAGUGAAUUCAUUUAGAGACCUUUACCAGAAAAAGAAGCAAGAUAAUUACCUGAAAUAACACCUACUUAACCAUUUAAUACUUUAUCAGACUAUUAAACUAAUUAUUAGAAGUAUAUUAAUUACUAAAUAGAUUUCCAUUGCCAAUGAAACGUUCAGUAAUAAAGUAGCCAUAUAAAUCAGCUCCUAGAUAAGUUCCAUGGAAUACAACUUAUGGUGUAGAUUUUAUAUAAAAACCUGUUGGAGGAUGUGAAUAAUUCAAACCAUAAGUAAGAGAUGGUCCUAAUGUUAAUGUCGAUUUUGGAUCUACUACAUAUCAGACAUCCUAUAUUCCAAAACCAAUAACUAAAUAAGAAAAAUGUAGAGAUCCACUUUAACGUAAUAUAAAUGGAGAUCCUGGUAAUAUUGGAAAUUCAACCUAUUAAAUGGAUUAUACAGAAAAAUAAAGAGAUCAAAAUUUCUGUCCUGUUUUAGCAUUACCCAAAAGACCUAAUUAAUUAAAAGGAGGAAAAUCCCAUUUAAAUUAUGAUGCAGUUACAAAUAGAUGGGUUUGA